GAUAGUAGCACGAAAAACUCUACGAGUGAAUAAAGCGCCAAAAAAAGCUCUUGAAAUAGCUUUUCUUUUUGGGAUUUUUCCAAAUCUUAUUCAGAGUGCCCUGAAAAGCAGUGGUAGUGUGAUGAUGGCAACAGUGCGGAAAUUGGAAAGUGAUUCGCAGUUGGUCUCAGUUGGUGUGGACACAGUACGCUACGUAAUUCCGGCUUAUAGCGAUUGCUGGCUUGUCCCUUAUGGCAAACUUGUUUAUGUACCAACACCUUGGAUCACACCUGCCGGCGAAGUCCAUGCUCCAGCUGUUCGGUGGAUGGCAGAGGGUAUAUUGUUUUCGGUGAUAACUCGUCCUGGCUGCACAAUCGAUGAUCUCAAGCUGAGUUUUGCCUAUGUACUGCAACCACGUUUGCUUGUUGAGCUGGUCCGAGUUUUGGAGAUGGCCGGAUGCCUUUCUGUUCGAAAAUCUGCUUCAGAACCAUUCCGAAAAAAAUCUCCAUUUGACUCUGGAUCAUGUGAAGCGGACGUUUUCUACGUCAUUCCAACAAAAGAUGCUGUUGAACGAUUUUCACGUAUAUUUGCCACUGUUCCGUUACCAAUUAUACUCACUUCACGAGCAGAAUUUGUUUAA